AUUGACAAUUUCUCUUCCAUUCCGUAUCGCUGUCAUUUAUAGACACCAUGGGUGCUGAAUGGGAGGCUUCAUUGGAGGGAGAGACGCAGGCGACGACCAACGUCGAGGCCAGCGCUCCGGACAACAUACAAGCUGACGAAGGUCAAUCCAAUGCCUCCCUCGCUGGUGAUCAAGCCCCCGAUGGCGGCACCAAGGCAUGGCUUGUUGCAGUGGGCGGAACAUGUAUCUUCUUCGCAACCCUGGGCUUUGCGAACUCAUACGGUGUACUGCAGGAGUACUAUAUGGCUCACCAACUUCGAGAAUACUCGGCCGACGAUGUCACCUGGAUUGGAUCAGUUUCUGUUUUCCUUCAGUUUGCAUUUGGCUCUAUAGGAGGACCAAUGUUCGAUCGGGUAGGCGCAUGGCUCAUUCGACCCGCCGCCGUUCUUUACGUCUUCGGUAUGAUGAUGACCAGUCUCUGCCACAAGUACUAUCAGUUCAUCCUAGCCCAGGGAGUUGUGCUAGGCAUUGCGAAUGGCUUCCUUCAGUUCCCCGCCAUGGCCGCCGUAUCCCAAUACUUUGACAAAAACCGCGCUGCUGCCCUCGGUGUGGCCGUCUCCGGUUCUUCUAUCGGAGGCGUGGUGGUCCCAAUUGCGUUGACCCGAAUGUUUGACCACACCUCACUCGGAUUCGGCUGGUCCGUUCGAAUCAUUGGCUUCAUCAUCCUUCCCCUCCUCGCCUUCGCAUGCCUCACGGUGACGGCUCGACUCCCGCCUCGCCACACGAAUUUGUUCAUCGCGGAUGCCUUCAGAGACCCAACCUACCUGAUGAUUGUCGUUGCUCUCUUCUUCAUGUUUCUCGGAAUGUUUCCUCCAUUCUUCUUCAUUCCCACCUACGCCGUUACUCGUGGUAUGGGAGUUACCCUAGCUUCGUACCUGCUUGCCAUUCUGAACGCCGCCUCAACCUUUGGCCGUGUCAUCCCCGGCAUCCUGGCCGAUCGAUUCGGCCGCCUGAACGCCUUUGCCAUCGGCGGCAUCACCAACGGCAUAGUCACUUUUUGCUGGAACAGGGCAGAGAGUAAUGCAGAAUUGAUUGUCUAUUCGGCCGUCUUUGGUUUCACCUCGGGGACAAUCAUCUCCGGGGGCUCUGCGGCCUGCACGAUCUGCACGAAAUCUUCCCAAGAUGCAGGCACGUAUCUUGGCAUGGCGUUAGCCAUUGCCGCUCUGGCAGCACUGGCCGGUCCGCCCAUUGCCGGCAAACUCGUGGAUGUCUAUGGAGGAUACCUCGAGGUUUCCAUGUUCUCCGGUGCUACUUGCAUAUUUGGGGGUAUUGUUGCAUUUCUGAGCAAGGCAACCACUCCACAAGGACUUUUUGGGAAGAUAUAGGAUUUUCCAACAUUUACUCCGUGGCCAGCUUAUUUUCCUCUUCUUCUUUUCGAAUUACUCUCUGUUACUUUCUUCAAAAUCUGUUCGUAAUGCAAUUCAUGGUCAUUAUUCGUUUUCUUUCACCUCAUUGAGCGUCCUGUAUAUGAUUGUACUAUCUUUCCCUAACUUCGGAGUAUAUAUAUGAAAAAAGCCGAAUCAAUACCGCAAUAAAAGCAUAUGUAGAGUUAAUCAAAUAACGAGGUACUGAUAUGGACAUCAGCAAAAUCUUAUCAUUAC